AUGACUACCAAAUCUAUUUCAUCGAAUUCAAAUGCCACUUCUGGCGUACACAAGCGCCGCCGCCGUGCAACAAAUGACGAUGGCGCCCAUGCCCACGUAGCGACGAGCGACUCGCCACCACCUGUUCCCGCCCAGAAACCAUCGCCGCCGACCACCUCCGGUGCUGGCGGGGGGUCCUCUUCGUUCAGAAACGUGAGUGAUCUGAGCAGUUACGUGCACUACCUUGAGACCCGAUCGGCGUACCUGGAGUCAUUAUUGACCGCGAACAACAUUCCAUUCUCUCCGGCGGAAUCCUUUCCCGAUCUUGCUCCGCCUCCUCCUCCUCUAAUAACGACUACCCCCACAACAGGGACAUCAACUGCCGCUCCCGAGUUUCCACCCCCACCAUCUUCCCAGCAACAAUCCCAGACGCCCAUCGAUCCGGCACUGACCAGCACCGAGAUCCCUCGAAUCGCCGUUCCAGAGCCGAAAGUUAAGCGCGAAAGAUCGCCGCAAAACUCAGAUUCAUUGGAAGAAAAGAAGUUAGACAACCUGGUGUCAGAUAUCGGGCUUGUGUCGUUUGCUGGUGCAAGCGACCCGAGAUAUCUAGGCUCCGUCUCAGGCAUUUCGUUCGCGAGAGUGGUGUUUGCUGCUGUAAAGAGCAGCGCAACAGGUAAUAGCAAUCAUGAUCAAAAUAGCUCCGCGGCUGAAGGGGUGUCCGGAGCUAGAAGAAAUAAACCUAGAAUUGGCUCGACCACACGGAUUCGUAGCACGAGAGGAUUGGGAAUCGGAGCCUCCGGGGCUUCUGGGAAAGAGGAGGACCUAGACGUGGAUGAUGCUGAAGACACACAGAUGAGGGAUUCGUUUUUCGGGCUUCACACAAAACCCACUAUCACACCUGCGCCAUUCCCCACAAGAGCAUUGGCCCAGAGAUUGAUCAACCGGUAUUUUGAGUAUGCAAAUCCUCAAAUACCCAUACUGCAUAUCGGAGAGUUUGAAGGGGUUCUGGACAGGAUAUACGGCACUAGAGAUAAAAAGCUCAGUAGUGGUUCCAAUGAAGGCGCCUAUGGAGGCAGCCCCAAGGAGAAAUAUAUGCUUAAUAUAGUGUGUGCUAUUGGCGCGGGAAUAUUCCUGAAAGGGCCCGAUGAAGCAUCAGAUGCGGAGGAAUCAGAGGACGAAACGAAGGACGAAGAUGGAUACGAGUCACCAAAGGUGAAGGCAGAAAAGGGGAAUAAAAGGAAACGGGCACAAAUGCAUUGCGAGCCAGAACAAUACCAUGCAGCAGCUGUACUCCAUCUUGAAACAUUCUUAAGCCAAAGCAAAGGUGGAUUGGAAGAACUUCAGGCAGUUUUGUUAUUGGCUGGUUAUGCUCUGUUAAGACCUGUUUCCCCGGGGCUGUGGUAUAUUGUAGGAGUUGCUUUGCGUCUAGCGGUAGAUCUUGGAUUACAUUACGAAGAUUCGGAUGCUAAGGAAGUAAAAAAGGACGGAAAGGAAGGUAGGAGGGAAUGGUCGAGAGAGCUACGACGAAGACUAUGGUGGUGUGUAUACAGUCUUGAUAGACUAGUAAGCACAUGUGUUGGAAGGCCUUUCGGAAUAGCGGAUGAGGUCAUUAGCACUAAGUUUCCCUCGAUACUCGAUGACCAGUAUAUUCAUCCAACUAAAGGAAUAGCUCCGCCAUCGCCUAACAAAGGGUUACCAUCUUACAAACUCAUAGCGCAUCACUACUUUCGCCUGCGUCUCUUACAGUCUGAGAUACUGCAGGUUUUACAGCAGCAGUCUCAUUCGUUUUCGUUCACUUCCUCAAACGCAACCGCAAAUCCAUGUGUGAAUCCGCCUUUACCAACUAGUCCGCCAAGACAGAACGAAGAUUACCCAUCACAUCAUCCAUAUCAUCUUCAGACGCCAUAUCUAAGGGGGUUCAAGACGGUUCAAUGCUGGCACAAAGACAUUGACCGCCGACUGAAGGAAUGGAUGGACUCUUCGCCCAAGACUAAAGACGAAACGGGAGUGUCGUUCUCGCUAGAAUUUCUAGAACUAAAUUACUGGCAGACGAAGAUCAUGCUAUAUCGACCUUGCCUAUCGGUUCCUGUUCUGCUUGCAGGUGAACUGGGAGGGAGCGGAAGCUCUGCCAGGGGACGGGCGGCGGAACGAGGGCUAGGCGGUAAAAAAGAUCGUGUAGAGAGGGCCGAAGAAGAGGAGAGAGUUUAUCUUGUUGUUGCUGAGGCUGGAAUUUCAUUCCUCUAUGCUAUAUGGCACUCACCUUUAGUCAGGUCCCGUCUCUCCAUGGAUGAGGUCGACUUUACGAUCUUGGCUGCUACUUCUGUCUUGGGCGAUCUAGUGAAUAAAUGUCCACCCGCGGAAGCUUGUCGGGAUGCAUUUGAACGCAUGUCAAGAGCUACAGUCCAGAUGUGUUUGGCAGGGAAACGAGGGCCAAUGAAUAAAAUAUUGCCUUCAGGAACAUUGACUCAUCACACAGGUGUAUCCGGAGCAACCGGAAUGACGGCCGGGAUGCAGACAAAGGUCCAGGGGAUGACCCCGUUUCAGCAUGAUGAAGAUGGAGAAGGGGAAGAUGUGGAAGAAAUUGAAGGGGGAAAUAUGCAAGAGCGAGAAGCAGAUAUCAAGUUCCCGGAUACAGAUUCGAUGGUAUUCAAAAACGAGUACCCUUCGGAAUUUCCGCAGAUGCACCAACAUCAACAUUCACAACAACGACAUAACAGCAGGCAUGGAAAUGGAUACCCCACGACACAUCAACAGCAACAGAAUCUUGCUCAACAACCCCGAAGGGGAAUGAUACAUUUUGACGAUGGAUUUCGAGAACUUUUUACUCCAGCCUCCGCAGGAAACCGCUACUCGAAUCCCAAUAGCAGGAAUGCCAAUAAUAAUGUUCACCCCCACGUUCAGCAGCAUCAACAGCCCUCUCCCCAACAGCAGCAAUACGGUUUAUCACCCACACAUCAGGCCGAAUCUAUCCAGCAAACGGCUUUCCACCCCCCGUUGUCAUAUAGCAGCGCGGAACAACUAUCACCACAUUUACAGCACUCUCCACACCCACACCAACAACAGCACCAAAAUAUGUGGAACAAACACCAAAGCCACAUGACACACUCAUCCGCUGGCUCAUCUCCGCCCAUCCUUGCAGGACCUGGUCUACCAUGUUCUGGACUGGCUAGCGAAGGUGAAGAAAUGAUGAUAGAUCCACAGUUGCAGUACCCACUGGACAACGUACCGUGGGGAAACCUGGAUAUGGGCACGUUUGGACUAGGAGGUCUAGACUGGGAGGGUGACAACUGGAGUGAUAGCGGCAGUGCUGCGGGUGGAAUCGGUGGCAGCAGCGGUAAUCCAAGUGGCAUGGAUUUGUUUGAUGGGUUUUUCUUUGGAGGUGGGGGUUCAGGGCAUUAG